AUGAUGAAGAAGGAUAAAAACAGAAGAGUCGUUUUCUCGUCAGAUUUCCACGGAAACUUAAAUAUGCUCGAGACGUUUCUUUCCUACUCUGUGAACGACCUGGACGGCGAUUAUAUCAUUUUAGGAGGCGAUAUAGGUCCUCGAGGCGAAAGUGCAGGAGACAAAGAGACGGUAGAAUAUCAUCACGGAGAGAUGAUGAAGCAAAAGAGAUGGUUUCAAGAACAGUUUUGCGAGUUGGUUGAGAAAUAUUUUCCUCAUCGAGGGGAGGAGGAGAAGCAAAAGAGGAAGAGAAAAUUGUUCAUUGUUCUCGGUAACAGCGAUUGGCAAGUAAACGAAGCCGUUCUGAAACAAAAGUUUUCUUUUCCGUUAGAAAACGAUUCGGUAAAAGUGUGUUCUGGAUUGGGCGACGUGUUCGUGGAAGACGAGUGCGUGGAGUUCGUGUUCACCGCUCUCGUCGUCGCCUCGAAUCACCGAAAAAAGGAUUGGGAGAGAAAAGAUGUAGACGCAGAAAACGUUCCCGAGAAGAAUCAAAGAGCCGGGUUUAUAUCACGAUAUAACGAAGAACGAGAAGAAUACGAAGUGGAGAAAUAUGCGGGGGUGAACGAUGCGUGUACGAGACCGACGAUUGCAAAAACAUUAGCGGCUUUGCAACCAAAAAUGGCUCCGUUAGAAAAUUCUUCUUGUUUGACGAAAGUGUGGGUCAAUCACGGUCCUCCGUUUGAUACAAUUGGUGAUUUAACUCACAGAAACGAGAGAGUUGGUUCAAAAGCAUUGAGAAAUUUCAUAGCAGAGAGAAUGCCCGAUAUUACUUUACACGGGCACAUCCACGAAUCCGUUAAGGAGCACGGCAACGAAGCGUUCACUUCGAGGAUAAAAAAUACACUCGUCGCUUCCUCGGGAAACGAUUUCAUGAGCGACGUUUGUCACGGCAUCUUCUUUGAAACGAACGAUAUCGCAGGAACCGUCUCACGAUUCGAAGUUAAAGUCAAAGAGAGUAAUAGUACCUACUAG